AUGCAAGCAUACAUUGAGGUGAUCAAGGCGCGUCGCGCCGAGAUCAUGAAGCCCAUCGUGGCGGCGGCGCCCGAGAUGGGCAACGCGAACCACCCGAACCAAGCGCGCGUGGACGCGCGCCAGGUCGUUUUUGAGCGCGUGGGUCGGUCGACCCACACUGGUCAGUUGAGCGCCGACUACGUUCAGUGGGCCGUUAACCAGGUCGUCUGGGAGCGGUUCCAGUCGCGGAUGGGCAACAAGCCGUACCCUCUCCGCUUCAAGGCCCCACCCAUGAACGUCGAGCCUUGGAGUGGCGAGUGGGACGCCUUCUUGGUUGGCGCGGGAAAGGAUCUCAACCCCCCAUCGCCCACGUUAGCAACGGCGGCUAGUGACUCCGCUGCCUAUGGCAUGUCGACGCCCACGGACAAAUCGCAAGCCGUCAGCAACGAGUGUUUGGAGCGCCGGGAAAAGAUAAUGGAGGAGAUUAUGGCGGUGGACACUUAUAUGAGGGAUUGCCCGGAUUUCGUGGAGCAAGUUGUCAAAGACGCCGCGGAGACGAUAAAGGAGAGAUUUUACUAUGAGAUGGGCCUCCUUGGCCGGCUCAGCUCCGCCUACUACCAAUGGGCCGUCGACUACGCUAUCUGGCAGAGGUUCGAGUGGAAGCUGGGCAAGCCGUACCCCUUCAGCAGCAGCAUGCCAGCCAUGAGAGAGAGCCCGUGGUCUGAAGAGUGGGACGAGUUUGUUACUGCUUUAGAGCAUAUAUUGAUGUAG